UCAACCGUUUCGUUGCUAUGGCGCUUAUAGACGCCAUCAUGAAUUUACGCACACUUGUUUAAUUCUUACAUGAAACUGAAGAGCACAAGCAGAUGUGCAUUUCUCACGACAUCUCUGUCUAGCGCAUGUCUUUGAAUAGAGGCUUACGUUUUGACGGCCAUCAUGGAUUUUUCGAAUCGGUCGAAAAGACAACGAACAUCUCAAAAGUAUAUUUUACUCGCUUUCGCAAAGAAGACGUGCAUAUGCUUUAUAAUUUCACCACGAAGAGAAGAAAUAACGAACAUAAUUUUGACAAACGCAGCGAGCAACGAACAACUCGUUGUUAGAGUCUCGAGCAUUUGUAAAGUUUUUCGCGAAUGAAUCGGUUGUGAGAAAAUUGUUUUCGUUUAAAACUACUAUUUAUAAAAAAUUUAUUUGAAGAUAAAUAAAGCCCAUAAAUUUGUCUUCAUUAUUAUUAAACAGUGUUUCUGAAAUAUUUAAUCUAUUUUACCAAGCUAAGUCACUAAACGCAUGCAACAUUCUUUAUGGAUAGCGUAAUUCACAAGAAUAAUAACAAAAUAUCAAAUUGUCACUCUAAAAGAAAAAAAAUUUAACAAUUUCGAAAAUAAAAUACCAUAAAGCAAGGAAAAUAAAUCUGUCGAUUUGAUGUAAAACUAUAUGUAUAUCGCCUCUUCAUACAUACUCUAUUAGAGUAUUACAACAGUGGACUUCAAAGUUUUGUUUUUGUCUUCACAUUUUACAAAUUUAUAAACGUAACUCAAAAAACUUUUAUAAACCAAGAACAGGAGUACCUAUAUAACAUAAAAUUAAAAUUUGUUUACCAUUAUCAUUUAACAACUUACAAUUUUGUAAUGUCUGCACUAGCCACAAUAUCUAAUCCAGCAGCUAACGAUGCGAGUAAUGCUACUGGCGGUGGGUCGUCAUCAGCAACGGGCGGUGGUAAUGUUGAGCGCCGUUGCGAAAGUGCCGAUUGUAACGUCAUUAAAUUGGUCUCAAUGGUGCCGAAGCGUAAAAUAACACAGUUUGUAACCGAGCCUACCGUUAUGGAGAAACCUAUGCUUAUAAAUGGUUUCACAACUGUUUUCCAAGUAGAAGGCAAUUCUGCUAAAUUAAGUGAUUUGAAGAAUCCAAAUCCUAACACUACUGUUCAGCCUAAAACAAUUUUUCGUAUUGUGCCAAACACACAUGCACAUAUUGUAAAUUAUGUUGUCGUGGAUGCUGAUGGUGAUUCAUUGCGUAAAAUUAAUGAAGGUGAUCCAGCGACAAUGCGAAAAUUGCUCGAGUCUCAAAAAGUGAGUGCAGAUCAAAUGUUAAAGAAACUUAUGGCAGGACAUGGUCCCAGCGUACCGAUUGUUUGCAGUAGUGCACCAACACCAAAUGGUGUAAAUACCAUUACUACUUCGACACCUUUAAAUGUACGUAACGUGGCUGCUACUACAAAUACAACCGUCACAACAGCGCCAACAGCAGUAAACAACACAUCUAAUACACUCAUUAAUGCUACCGCAACGCCUACAGUCGGAAAUGCUGCCGCUAGUGCUGCGUCGAAAUCCGCAACUAUACAGUUACCCAUGCGCAUGCAUCCGAAUUUGAAGAUAACCGCUGUCGCGAGUAGAGAAACCAUUGGACAAUUGGUAGAACCAUCCAUCAAUAGUGUCCCACAGCCAUCUCAGACACCUGCAACUGCAACACCCAAUGUACCAUUAAUAACGCCGGUACCAUUAGCGAGUUUACAAAGUACACCUACUCCAUCAUCCGCUGCUACCGUAUCUAUACAACCAGGAGAUAAAGCGAAUAUUGACAAAAUGCAAGCCGAACUUGCGGAACUGCGUCGCACAGUAGCAAUGCUAGCGGAGGCCAUGCCUAUGAAUGCUCAAGCGCAAAAGGCGCUACAACAAACAACUGUUCCGCCACCGUCAGUUCGUACAGUAUCUGUGAAGAGGCAGCGACUGAAUUAAAAUUUAUAAUAUUAAUAUAUUUAGGAUUCAUAGGUUUAUAGUUAGUCGAUCAUAAUGUUAAUGAUUUAUUGCUAUAAAUAUAAAAUUUAGUUUUAAUUAAGCGAAAACAUUUUAUUUAUGAAAUUAUAAUGUUUAUGCGCAGCCUAUUAUCUGAAUGGAUUAGGGUCUGAAAAGGAUUACUUAAUAAUAUGGAAAGAUGGCUAAAAAUUUUUGGCAGUGAACUGAUAAAAACUAAAUUAUUGCAGCCAAAGGCGUUACAAAUUAGUUUAUUAAAAUUGAUGCAAAUGAAUGAAAAUGCUGCUCGUAUGGAAACAUAAUAUAGUUUAUAUGUGACUUAUGCGAUCUAGUUAUUUUGUGCAAAUAAAACAUGUUUAUUUCAAGAUUUUGCACGAGCUUCGACUACAAAAUAGCCUGAAGAGAUGAAUAUAAUGGCAAAACAAAUAAACUUUAUAGUUAGUUGAAGUUCGAUACCUCUGUAACGGCUAACUAAGAACCCAAA